AUGUCCACCGCCCACUCCAGGUUCUCAAGCGAAAGAAACGCAGAUCUCUUCCAGCAGUUCGGGUUCGGUCCUCGUACCCAAGUCCCAUUUGCUACUGUCCAUGAGGCAUUCAUAUACCAUGCCCUCCGUGCGCCCAUGGAUGUUGCCCUGCUGGACCUCUCCGGCCACUCGUCCAGAGAAGUGACCUAUGGAGAACUGCUCCGCCAGUCCCAGUUCAUUGCUGCACAGCUGAAGCACGAGGGCGUGAUGCCAGGGAAUCGAGUCCUUCUUCUCGGGAGAAGAAGCACAGAAAUGGUAGCUGGGAUACUGGGGAUCCUUAUGGCGGGUGCACAGUAUAUACCAAUGGACGGCGGCGUGGUCCCAGAUCUUACAGUUCAACGCGCGGUUGAGCAGUCUGCUGCUACAGUUGCAGUUUGCCUUCAGCAGUACAAAGAGAGACUUGCUUCCUUGGGCGGCCUCUCACCAAUCCUUCUAUUGGAAGAUCUUCUUUGUGGUGAUAUGUAUACACGUUUUGUUGUUGACGAAGACCACCUCCUCCGCGAAGGGGACGUACAACAGGAGACCCCAAAGGCGUGGACGUUACGCACAAGAACGUCACCAACAUCCUCUGCCAAGAACCGGGGAAUCUGGGGAUAUCGCGCGGCGAGAAAGUUGGUCAUCUCCUCUCAGUUAGCUUCGAUAUGGAUCGACAUCCUGAUCUGCACCCCGAGCAUCCUGGCACGAUAUACUCCGGAUGACUUUCCUAAUAUCAAACGCGUGGCCACUGCAGACAGAUGGGCUGCGUCUGCAACAUUCUACAAUUGCUGCGGGCCUACCGAAACCACAAUCAUCAACACAAUGCACGAACAUACGACGGGCAUGCAGCUCACCAUAGGAAAACCAACACCAAACAAUAAUGUCUACAUAUUAGACGGCAACAAGAGGCCGUGCCGGAUUGGGGAAGUUGGCACAAUCUGGGCUGGCGGCUUGGGUGUCUCACGGGGCUAUAUAGGCAAGCCGGAGAAGACGACGGAGCGGUAUCAUUACGACGUGUUUGUUGAUGAUGGGAGGUCUGUGAUGUACAAUACGGGCGACCUUGCGCGGUGGUUUCCCAAUGGUAGUCUUGAAACCCUUGGACGGAACGAUGACCAAGUCAAGGCCAAGGGGUUCAGGGUUGAGCUGGACGGGGUCAGUGCAUGCCUAGCUUCCAGCCCUAAUGUCCACCAAGCAACGGCCCUCCUCGUUAAUGGAGAACUCACUGGCUUUUUGACGCCCCGGAAUUGCGCUAUCCAGGCUUUGCAUCAGAGUCUCAAGGCCAAGCUACCCUACUAUGCAAUCCCAACCAGAUGGCAGACAAUGGAUGAGUUUCCAUUGACGCCGAAUGGGAAGGUCGACAAGCGUUCACUGAUCCAGCAGUUGACAGCAGGGGACAAGAUAUACCCAGUGUUGGCCGAAAGGGAGGGAUCCUCGAGCUCGAUAUCCACGCCGUCUACCACCAUCACCACCACCUCCUCGUCCUCCUCUCCGCAGAAUGAACCGAUUCCUCUGCCAGACAAAAAGCACGGCAGACAAUGGCGCGGUCUCCGCUACCGCAUUUUCAUCGUCUACAGACGGCUGUUCUCGCUGGUCUUCAUGGCAAACCUUGCCAUGCUGAUAUGCUUCUUGACGUUCUCCAUCAACCGCCGGCAUAUAACCACCGUUUCCUUUGUCAAUCUCACAAUUGCGGUCCUCGUCCGGCAAGAUAUGGCCAUCAACAUGUUAUACGCCGUAUGCUGCUCAGUCCCAACGUCAUGGCCGCUUGCAAUCCGGAAACGCUGCGCAAAGAUCUACCAUCUUGGAGGCAUGCAUUCCAGUGCCGCUGUUAUGGCUGUGGCUUGGUAUACGGGGGCCAUCUGUUACAACAUCAACUCCUUCGUCAACCAGCCAGAGGAUCCUCUUAGGCCUUCCGUUCUAACAAUAACGCUGUCCCUUCUGGCUUGCUCAAUCUUCAUCACAAUGAUUGGUCUCGCAUACCCCACCCUCCGCAAGAAGCACCAUGACCUCUUCGAGCGCGUCCAUCGGUUCGGCGGGUGGGUUGCCCUCGUGAUCAUCUGGGUGCAGACCAUCUCUUCCAUUCGAGAACAGCGCGUCAGCAGCCGCUCUUUGGGACAUGCCAUAGAGUCAGAGCCGGCCUUCUGGAUGCUGCUCGUCAUUACUCUCAGCAUUGCAAGCUCCUGGCUUUUCUUGCACAGCGUUCCCGUCGACGCAGAAGUUCUCUCAAACCACGCCGUUCGUUUGCACUUCACAUAUACCGUCCCCGUAAACGGGACGUUCAUCCGACUUUCGCGGCGGCCGUUGCUGGAAUGGCACUCUUUUGCGGCAGUUCCUGCACCGGAGGCUGUCGAUGGGCGGGAAAGGGGUUACAGUCUUGUGGUGUCGAGGGCCGGCGACUGGACAGGAAAGCAGAUUGAGAAACCACCUACCCGGAUUUGGGUGCGCGGAAUUCCAACCAGCGGCGUAAUGCGCAUCUCCCCGCUCUUCACCCGUCUCGUCCUUCUGGGAACAGGCUCAGGCAUCGGCCCACUGCUUGGUCACAUUCAAUCCCCAGGCUUAAGACACAGGUGCCCCGUCCGUAUAAUCUGGUCAACCCCGUCUCCCGUCUCGACAUUUGGGCAGGAAAUCGUCAACGCGGUCUACGCUGCUGACGCGGGCGCUGUCGUCCACGACACGAAGGUACUAGGCCGACCGGAACUAGUAAAAAUAUGCUGGGAUGCCGUGCAGGAGUUUAAGGCGGAGGGCAUCGUUGUCAUUAGUAAUGAGAAGGUCACCAAGAAGGUUGUUUAUGGGAUGGAGAGUCGGGGCGUUGCUGCGUACGGGGCGAUCUGGGACAGUUAG